AUGGGAAUUGUUCUUGCUCGACAAGUAAGUGUAAAGUUGUGGGAGAAAUGUGAGGGCGCACCUAGUGACUUUGAUGAUGUAUGGAACGACGAAGAAUUCAUGGCUUUGGCGACUGACGGGCUGUCUGCUCUCCUCCAAAACAAAGUGUUUACUCCUCUUGUUAACGACUGUUUCCGGAAACUAGCGAACACAAAUGCCCACGGCCGGGCGGGCGAGAGUGCCUCUAGCAGCACUAUACAGCCAUGCGACAGCACCAACAGUUGGAAUGAGAGCCCCGACAACCCAAAGAAGCGUGCCGACAAACCCAAAAAGCGUGUCGACAACUCCAAGAAGCGUGCCGACAACUCCAAGAAGCGUGCCGACGACUCCAAGAAGCGUGCAGACAACUCCAAGAAGUGUGAGGAUGAAAUUCGAUCACUUGCAGAGCAGUGUAUCAAGGACCCCGUGCUGUUCUUUCCUCAACAAGACAUAAAAGGGGUCGCCCGCGAAGACUAUGCAUAUUCUUUAUACUCCUAUAUCGAGAAAUCUGAUAAGGAUCCUAGCCAAGAUUACGAGAAGACCAAAACACGCUCGACAAAUUUGGGCAAUGCAGGCAAGAGAUACAACCAGUACACAGAAGCUUUCAGGGAUUCCGGUAUACUAUUUGUCCUUCCUACCUAUGAAAAUUUAUCUUUUUAUGAGAAGAGACCAUUAAACAGAUCCUUUGACAAGCAUAUCCAGAAGAUCCAGUCAACACUGGCGUCUGAAAAUGGGUUGGUUUCGGUGUCUGACAGUGGCCUGCUGUCUCUUGAUAUAUUCAGGAAAGCUGGUGAGUUAUUAACUUCGAUUGGAAAAGAUCGUGCCAAGGAGUUUGCCGCAAACACGACGUUUGUGUGCGGAGGGACACAACCCGCGGGGCGUUCUUCGUUGAAGCGAAAAAGGGGCUGUCAGUCCGCCAACCGUAGAGAGGGCAACCAAAGCGACGCAACUGGAAUGGUGCAGGUCCCUUCUCCCUCUGGUGUGUCUCUCACGGUAUUUUCAUCGGAUUGUCUGGGAACUAGCCUACUAGACAACAACACGGCUGCGUAUGCAGGAUCAUCAGAUACACGAGAGACCGCUUGUACAGCUCAGAGACCACUGUCGCCACUUGUGAGUGAUCAAUGGCAAACAGCAUGGCCACUCGCUCCUGCAGAAGAGACCUAUGUGGGCAUAAAUGAUUGGGACAUGGAUACUGCCAAUUUCGAUUUGUGGAAUAUAUACAACGCUGGAGGAGCGGCCCUCCUUGUUUGA